AUGGCCGAAAAGUCCAAAUUUAUUGAGUUCGUUGAUGAAGCUUUAGAAAAGUCACAAGAAACUGCACUUUCUUCCUUAUUUUUCACCUAUCAGGGGAUUCCUUACCCAGUCACCAUGUGCACCUUCGAAACGUUCCAAGCCCUGGACACCUUUGAAGCCAGAGGCGACGACAUUGUGCUUGCAUCUUAUCCAAAGUGUGGUUCAAAUUGGAUUCUCCACAUCGUCAGUGAAUUAGUAUUUGCUGUUUCUAAAAAAAAGUAUGAAUAUCCAGAAUUCCCAGUCCUUGAAUGUGGGGACUCAGAAAAAUAUCAGAGAAUGAAAAAGUUUCCAUCGCCAAGGAUUUUGACAACUCACCUCCAUUAUGACAAAUUACCUGGGUCCAUCUUCAAGAAUAAAGCCAAGAUAUUGGUGAUAUUUCGAAAUCCUAAAGAUACAGCAGUGUCUUUUUUCCAUUUCCACAAUGAUGUCCCUGAUAUUCCAAGCUACAGCUCUUGGGAUGAAUUCUUCGGAGAGUUCAUGAAAGGACAAGUUUCUUGGGGCAGCUAUUUUGAUUUUGCAAUUAAUUGGAAUAAACAUCUUGAUGAUGACAAUGUUAAGUUCAUAUUAUAUGAAGACCUGAAAGAGAAUCUCACUGCUGAAAUAAAACAAAUAGCUGAAUUCUUUGGAUUCUCUCUGACUGAAGAACAAAUUGGAACUAUCUCAGCCAAGAGCACCUUCCAAGCAAUGAGAGCAAAAUCUCAGGACACACACGGUGCAGUCGGCCCCUUCCUGUUCCGCAAGGGUGAAGUUGGUGAUUGGAAAAAUUUGUUCAGUGAAACUCAGAACCAGGAAAUGGAUGAAAAAUUCAAAAAGAGCCUCGCAGGCACUUCCCUAGGAGCAAAGUUGAAGUAUGAAUCAUAUUGCCAGGGUUGAUUUCUGAUCAAUUUAGGAGGCCUAGAUUUUUCAUUUUCCUUCAUAAAAAAAUUACAUUUAAAUAAUCAAAUGAACAUUCAAUCAAAGAAUCAAAUGAUGAUAAUGAGAUAACAUUUAAAUCUAA